CGCGCCCCGCUCGGUAAGUUUCGAUUCUCUGCGGCAAAGCGAUGUUGCGACGGGGCGCCCUCGCUCUCCUGGUGCCGCUCAGAUGCCGCUCCGCCAUGGCGACGCCUCCCGAUCGCCGCUUCGUGGUGGAGCUCGCGGGCUCGGAGCUAGUCCAUUUCUCCCUUAGCGACGACGACGACAACAAUAACAACCGUGCGCCUCCCCGGUGCUUCCCGCCCCGUCCGGGGAGAUGCUAUUCCUUCUGCCUCCCGGCGGCGGGGAACCCCCGGGAGCGAGUCCGUGCUGCCCGGCUGCACCGGCUUCUGCAACGGAGGCUGAGCCAGGAGCAGCCCUUCGGGGCCGGGAGCGCAGCGCUAGCGCUCCUCUCCUACAGCCCCAGCCGCGAGGCUGCGCUGGAGAGAGGCUUCCUGGUGCAGGACGAGCGACGGGCGCCCGAGAUCGAGCGCUCCCUCGAAGAGCUGCUUCGUCACCUGCUGCCGGCUCCGGUCCACCUCGCGGUAUACGAGGUGGCGGAAGGCGGCGAGGUGCGCUGCUCACUGUGGCGCCUUGACGGGGCGGCGCAGGGCAGGCAGCUGGUGCGAAGGGCGCGCGUGGUCGCCGAGGAGGAGCCGGCGCUGCAUCCCGCCGGCGCGCACCUCCUAGACGACGCCGUGUUCCGCUCUCGGGGAGCUGCCCGGAGGGUCCUGGAAGAGUGCACUUCUCUCAUUCCUGAGGCCAAAGCAGUCCUUGAUCUGGUGGAUCAGUGCCCUCAGCAUCCAAAGAAGGGUGAUUUUCCAGUGAUAGUUAUUGAGGGUCUGGAUGCAACAGGCAAAACAACAUUGACUCAAGCCCUGAAGGAUUCGCUGAAUGCUGUUCUCUUGAGGUCUCCUCCGCCUAGUGUCAGCCAGUGGAGAAAGAUAUUUGAUGAUGAACCAACGCUCAUACGGAGGGCAUUUUAUGCUCUGACCAACUACAUCCUUGCUUCCGAAAUAGCGAAAGCAUCGUCUAAGUCACCAGUGAUCGUAGACAGGUAUUGGCACAGCACUGCCGCGUAUGCAGUUGCCACCGAAAUAAGCGGGAAAGUGCAGAACCUCCCUCCGCUGCAUCACGAAGUAUACCACUGGCCCGAAGACCUCCUAAAACCAGAUGUUGUUCUACUGCUAACGGUUAGUCCUGAGGAAAGAAUCCGGAGACUGCAAGGACGAGGGAUGGAGAAAACAGAGGAGGAGACUGAGCUGGAAGUUAAUACUUCCUUCCGUCAAAAGUAUGUAUUAAACCCAUAAUAUUGUUGUAAGCUUGGGCAGAGAAUUGGAGUGGGUGAACUCAAGGGCCCCUUUCAACUCUUGGUUCUAUGAUUGUAAGGUACUGCUAAAA